CACACCUCUGGAUUAGUCCUCUGAACUCUCUCUGAGCAAAGCCCUCUGAGAAACUAGGCUCUGGGCAGGACACCCUUCUUGUGAAUGUGACGCACGCUCUCUCCAGUUUCCAUAUGCUGAAAUUAUACUUCUUCAUCAGUUUGCUGUGCUUGGUCAAAUCAGACACAGAUGAAACAUGUCCUUCAUUCACCAAACUGAGCUUUCACAGUGCUGUGGUCGGUACAGGACUGAAUGUGAAGUUGAUGCUCUACACAAGAAGAAACCAGACCUGUGCACAAGUCAUCAACUCCACAUUUUUGGGGAACUUGAACGUGACCAAGAAAACCACCUUCAUUAUCCAUGGAUUUAGGCCUACAGGCUCUCCUCCAGUUUGGAUGGAGGACUUAGUACAGGGUUUGCUUUAUGUAGAAGACAUGAAUGUGGUUGUUGUUGAUUGGAAUCGAGGAGCUACAACUGUAAUAUACAAUCAUGCCUCAAGUAAGACCAGAAAAGUAGCAGCAGUCUUGAAGGGAUUUAUUGCCAAAAUGUUGGCACAAGGAGCUUCUUUUGAUGACAUUUAUAUGAUUGGAGUAAGUCUAGGAGCCCACAUUGCUGGGUUUGUUGGAAAGAUGUACAAAGGACAGCUGGGGAGAAUUACAGGUCUCGACCCUGCAGGCCCUUUAUACAAUGGGAGACCUCCUGAGGACAGAUUAGAUCCUGGCGACGCACAGUUUGUUGACGUCAUCCAUUCCGACACUGACGCCCUGGGCUACAAGGAACCAUUAGGAAACAUAGACUUCUACCCAAAUGGAGGAUUGGAUCAACCCGGUUGUCCUAAAACUAUAUUGGGAGGGAUGCAGUAUUUUAAGUGUGACCACCAGAGGUCCGUGUACCUAUACCUUUCUUCCCUGAGAGAGAACUGUUCCAUCACCGCGUAUCCCUGUGACUCCUAUCGGGAUUAUAGGAACGGCAAGUGUGUCAACUGUGGCAUAGCACAAAAGGAGUCCUGUCCCCUUUUGGGCUAUUAUGCUGAUAAUUGGAAAGAGUAUUUAAAGCAGAAAGAUCCUCCUAUGACUAAAGCAUUCUUUGACACAGCUGAGAAGGAGCCAUACUGCAUAUAUCAUUACUUUGUGGACAUUAUAGCUUGGAACAAGAACAUAAGAAGAGGGUCCAUUACAAUCAAAUUGAAAGACAAAGCUGGAAACAUCACAGAAUCCAAAAUCAAUCAUGAACCUGCAGUAUUUCAGAAAUACCACCAAGUGAGUCUGCUUGCGAGAUUCAGUCAAGACUUGGAUAAAGUGGCGACCGUUUCCUUGGUGUUCUCUACAGGAUCUAUAAUAGGCCCCAAGUACAAGCUCAGGAUUCUCCGCAUGAAGUUAAGGUCACUUGCCCAUCCAGAGAGGCCCGAGUUGUGUCGGUAUGAUCUUGUGCUGAUGGAAAACAUCGAGACGGUCUUCCAGCCUAUCCUCUGCCCCGAGCUGCUGAUGUAACCAUUAUCGGGACACAGGGGCACCAGUAACAUCAAGCAAGCUACAACUGUAUUCUUUUUUAAAGCAUCACCUCACCUCUUCCUCAAGGCACAAACCAGUAUGAAUAAGCAGGUGUUUUUCCAGCAACAUCCCAUGGAUGUCACAUUGCAAAAUGUCAGGCGACCUUGGAUUAUGGAACGGUCCUGGGAAGGGAGCCCCUAAGUAGGGCAAGUCAGAAAUAGCCAGGCUCCCCACAGCCCAGCGCCUUGUCUGGCUGCGUCCUGGGGCCUUGUUUGUCCUGGUCUGUCAGCUCUGCUGCCAGUCACUGGGGCAGCUCUGCUCAGCGCGGAGAGCACCCGAAAGGGAAGGACUGGCUGGAGACCUCACUUUGAACUCGACCCCACACUCCCUGUGCCAAACUCCUCCAGGUCCUUAUACGUAGGAAGGAAUGGAGCCUGACCUACCUCACAGAGUUAUUGUGUGGGUUUGGGGGGCAAGUCUGUGAAGGGUUCUUUGAAAUCCCAUGGGGACCACAUCCGUGAGUGGUUUGGUAAAUGUGAAUAUGCUUUUAUUUAUUUUGAUAUGGCGGAUCUAAGAUGCAAUAAGAGUUUCUCAUCCUCAACAACAACCUGUCUCUUGAGCUGUUCGCUCUGGGAAGGCAGGAAAGCUACACCCCACCUGCUCUAAAGUGGGUUGGUGUGUGGAGGAAGGGGGGACAGAGGGAUAGCAUGAGGGGUGGAGGGCAGCUUCUGGGACUAGACAGUAAGCGAAGGGGCAGGGGAAGGUAGCUGAAGUGGUAGGACAGGCUCGCUCACAGUGACCACAGAGGGAGCGAGAGGCAGGAGAAAAAAAGCUUAGUUUUCACUUGAGAUGAAGAAGGGUCACUUUCCAGGCAACCCUCAUUUUGAGCAGUCCUUCAGAAAUGUUUGUCCUUGUUACUGACACAAUUCAUGGUUAUUUGAAGGAAAUUGAGAGAAUAUGGAAAUGGGAAAUGAACACAUGCUAUCUGCCAUCCACCUGUAGGAGGUCAUGAAUGUUCACCUUUUGGAAUGAUGCUGAGUAACCUGUGUCACUAACAUGAAUCAGAUCCUACACCAGUGUGCUCCAGUUGGAAAAAUUCUUAGGCUGCCCCAGGAGUAGGUAUGCUCAGUGAGUCUGGAGUGAUGGCAGCAGCUAAGUCAAGAGGCCCUGGAGGGCCAAGGCCAGAGAGGCCAGAACCAAGGGUGGACCAUCCCCGGGGCCGGAUGCCCAGCACAGGUACAGAGCCAAAGGGGUGGCAGCACCCAUCCCACAGCUGUGGCCACUGCUAUAAGGUUCCCCAGAUUUUGGAGUGUCACAGGCCCAUAACCUCCUCCUCAUCCAAGUGACUGUUUUCCUGCUGCUUACCCUGAGAAGAGCCCUUUUAAAAGAAAUGGGAGUCUUUAUGUGAUAAACUGGAGAACUCUAUGCCUUCCUGUGCAGCACAUCUUGUACGUAUGUCUCUGUGACUGAGCUUGAGAAGGAAUGAGACUCAGAGAUGCUCCUGCCUGCUUGGCUUUCUCACCCUCUGUCCCUCUUCCCACAUUUCUCCAGCAAUUGUGCAUAGAGAGAUCAGUGUGCCGGUAGGCCCUUAUUUCUUUUUAGAGUUUUACUGCUCCUGUAUUUUUUUUUU